AUUUGCUUCCAGGAGAUGGCAGUAGUGCAACAAAAAGAACCCAGUUGUGAUAGUUGUAGUCAAACGAGAAAGAAGAAGACCAACAUGGCGUCCGUGAGCAGUGAUGAGUGGAGAACUGUUUGCGACAAAUUCACCAAUGCCCAAAACCUUACUGUUGUAGAAUCACGAAAUGACCCUGAGAAUGACCCGUUCCGCUCCAAAUACAAGGCCAGGGAGCUCCUCAGAGAGAUACACUGCUCGCUUAAGAGUUUCGAGGCCGGCGAAGGUGAAGCGGAAAGAGGCGGUGAAGAGAUCGGCGACCAGCGGCCGAUAGAGCCGCCGGUGGACGGGCAGCUGGAGGACGGGUUCGGUCAGGGCUUCAGCGGCGACUCGCCUGCCGGGCUGCGGGCCGCUAAACUCGGGGCUGUGGAAUACUAUCUGGGCGUCAACCAUGUUGACACAGAGGAGCUGUCAGCCGGACAGGAGCAUCUGAUGAACUGCAUGAAACUGCUUGAGAGAUGCAGAGUGUCGUCGGAGAAUGUGUCGCUGUUUAUCCAUGUCAGGAACCAGUUGGGUAUCCUGUGGGCAGGCCGGGAUGAGACGGAGACAGCUCAGGGAUUCCUUGAAACAGCAGAAUCCAUCUACCAACGUUAUAUAAAGGAGGACGGGAGUCCACCUACUGAUAUGGCAGAGUACUUCACUACUGAAGAGAAGCUGCUGACGCAUCAGGAAAGGACCAAGAGGUUUGAGUUGGCCUACACCCAUACCAUGUACUACCUUGCUCAAGUCUAUAAAAACCUUGGUGAAACUGAGCGUGCUGCUACCUACUGCCACAGCACCCUGCAGAGACAGUUGCAGUUAAAUCAGUACAGUCCAAUGGAGUGGGCUCUGAACGCUGCUACACUAUCACAGUAUUACAUCACUAAGGGCCGAUACAUGGAAGGCAGACAUUGCCUCUCAGCAGCUACUGUCAUAUCAGGUUUGGCAGGAGAGGUUCCUUCUGAGGCAGCAGCACAGGAGAGUGAGACAGAGAGUGAGCGUAGGGAGCAGCUCAUGCAGAAGAGGGCCGAGAUUGCGAGAUGUUGGAUCAAAUAUUGUCUCAAUGUCCUGCAGGACUCUAAGAAGCUGCUAGAGGACAGCAUCGGGGAGCUGGAUACUGAUCGUCAAGAAGAGUUGAAAAGAGCGAGGAGACGUGAGGAGGAGGAGGAAGAGAAGGGCAGGAAGAGCGCUCUGCUGUUUGGCUCUGAAGACACCUUUGACUCCAUUGUUAGCCUGGAAGAGAAGGUGCGCUGUUUGUUACCAUUGGACUUCGCUGAGGCCAGAGCUGUAUUUCUGGUGGGACAGAAUUAUGUCACGCAGGCCAAGGAGUACUUUCAGAUGGACGGCUAUGUGACGGACCACAUCGAGAUCUUGCAGGAUCACAGCGCUCUGUUCCGGGCCCUGGCUUUCUUUGAAGAGGAUCUGGAGCGGCGCUGCAAAAUGCACAAACGCAGAGUUGACAUGCUGGAGCCAAUCUGCAAUGACCUGAACUCCCGGUACUACCUAAUGAUCCGCAGACAGAUGAUGUUUGAGUUGGCUGAGAUCUACAAUGAAAUGAUGGACCUGAAACUGACACUGGCCAACAGACAAGCUGAUACACAGUCUCUAGAUAACCACACUAUUAAGAAAUUCAACCAUCUCUGCUCUGCCUCUGCCAAAUACUUCCAGAUGUUCCUAGACUCUCUGUGUUCUCCAGAGGGGAAGAUUCCGGAGCACCUGGAGGAGGAGGUGCUCAGACCGGCUCUGGUGGCCCGCUUCAGAUUGGCCCGACUCCACAGCCGGCUUAUCAGCUCUUCACCCUCUGUUCAGCUGGAAAACCUUGACAAGUCUCUGGAAAACUACAAAUAUGUGGUGCAGUACUGUGAGGCCCACCCUGAGGCAAAAGCCACUGUGGAGACAGAGCUGGAGCUGAGUACGGAGAUGGUCGGUCUGCUCCCUCUCAAAAUCAAUCGCCUCAAAGCUAAGAUGACUGCAAACAACUGAAGGACGCCACCGAUCACUGACUGACUUGUUGUUUGACUGAAAGUGUUGAAUCCAUCCAAUGAGUCAGUCUAAAUUCACCAUCUUUAUGUACACUCCCAACAAUUAGAGAAACUGGAUGGCAGAGUGAAUGACUUUCUUUUUUGUACUGGUGAUGGCUUAAUUUUGGUGCAGUGGGCAUGCUGCUUCCAAAGGACCUUUGAACAUAUUACACACUGUACAUAUGUGCUCUCCUCUGUGAAGUAAAAUGUGUGGUCAAUUUACUUUUAAUUCAAAUAGCACCGUAAAUAUACCCACUUCAAAAUUAAUAUGACAAUGUCUUUCUCAUAAUACUAAUACAUAAUUGAGAAUAGUUGAUGAUAUCUUUUCAACACUUUGAAGUGAAUGUGGGUUGACCCAGACCUGUUUUUUCUCUUUACAUCGAUGCUUUCUUCCCACUCAGAGUGGUGUAAAGAAAUCUUUGUUGGUCUAUCGCUAAAACGCUCCCUUUGCAAGAAAAAAUUAAAACUAGCUGCUUGGACUAAGGCAGUCCCCUUAACAUCAUUGUGGUGGAUAUGUACAUAACAGAUUUUUAUUUUAUUUUGUGUCAUUUUAUUUUACAAUCCUAUGUGACCCUAUUCUGAUGCAUACUUGUUUUCUAUUGUUAAUCAUAUUGGUUUUCAUUUAAUGUGGCUUCAUUUUGUGUAAAGCCCUUCAGCACACAUUUUUUUUUUAGCUACUUUAUGUCUCUGAUGGUUAAACAAUUGUUGAGGCCUACUGUAACCAGGGUUAGUGUGGUAAUAAUAGGCAGCCAGAGGUUCAGAUCAGAGUCCUGCAGGGGUCCAGUUUUGCAAGCCCACGCGCACUAAGCUCAGUACCGGAACCGACCCGUUACCCUCAAUUAUCUCCAAGUCAAAUCCAGACCUGAUUCGUCCCGCAGUGACUUGUCACCUGUGAUGUUGUUGAUGUAAUGCAAAAGUAACAAAAGAUGAGCAAUUUUGCGGUAAUCUGUCUACAUAUCCAAAGUAACUGCCCGAUUGCUAUCAGUCAGCUGCAUCCUCAGCUCCAGAAUGUUUUGUAGAUGGUCCUCUGCAUAUUUUGUCAGUCUGCGUGAUACAGUUGGGAUCAGGCAGAAGCUGAGCAUCCACGCGGCCACCGAUGUCAAUCAAACCCUGUGCUAGUUCGUUUGAGUCUAAUAAUGCACAAACAUUUUUAUUUCUGAUUUCUCCAGAAAAGUCCAACAUAUUUUGUCACCCGCUGCCCACCCGCAUUAAGUUCAUUUUUACCCGUGCCCGGGAAUUUAUAUAAAUAUAUUGUUUACCUGUUACACAACUUUUUUGCAGGUUUUAUCUGUCGGGUACCCGACCCGGUGCAGGUCUCCAGUACACAUAGUAGAGUUGACCCAGUUUGUACUAUUUACAGGUUGUUGUUGCGCCUCAAACUGAGAUGCUUAUUCUGCAAAUCACCAGAACAACUGCCUGAACUGUCAGAAACAACAGUUCCAGUGUCAUAAAGUGGACUUAAUGUUGGUUUGAGAUAUAAUAAUCUGCAUGAUGCCAGCUUCAUCCAGUUCCAGUUAGUGUAUUUUCUUCCUGUCUGAGUAAUCACAUUGUCAUCCUUGUCAUCAAUGUACAGAAGAUACUGUAUGUAAUAAUAAACCAAUUAACUAAUA